AUGGCUACAACCACAAAAGUGUCUACAGGAUCUUACCUGCAAAUAGCUGUCGAGCCAGCCCAAUCUUCAUUCUUUGCUGGGGAAGAUUUUGCAUGUACAAUCACAUUCACCAAUACGCGAAUUCCAGUACCGCAAACGCAGCCUUUACCAUCACGAUCUACUUUUGAAUCAACAGGUUUGGGAGUGGAGGAGAACAAACAGAGAAGUGUCUCAUUCAAUCCGGCACAUACAGUUCUUUCACCUUUGUCUGCCUUGCCAUCUUCUCGUCGGUUUCAUCGAAAGUCACAAAGUGUUGAUAUAAGAACAUUUGCACGUCGUAACCAACUUGAACGUGGAAAUGCAGAAGAAGGAGAAGCAAGUGAUGAAAGAUAUUAUCGCAGCCUGAUCCUAAACGAUGGCGAAGAAGAUGAGCUAUCGCAAAUGCAUGCACAAGAAUUCUUACAGGCUUUGCCCAGAAGGCAAGGUCUUAUCGGAAAGAACUUCAGAAAUCAAUCUGCUUCCAACAGCCUACAAUCCACGCCAAAGUUUCCCGACAUCAGCACACCACCAAUGAAACGUCAUAACAAGGCUUUCUCUGUUGCUACACCUGGAUCGCGGGAAUACGCCGAGCAUUUGGGAAAAGGGGUACCAUCGAUUCAAACGCAAUUUGCUUCGCCUCGGAUACCGUCACAUCAUGUGAACAUCGAAGCAUCAACACCUUCGCCUGCUGGGUCGCGUGCGGUUAGUUCUUCUUCAAGAAGAGUGAGCGAUGUCAUCAAACCAACACAUCCUCACAGUCGAAAGAAGAGUGUUGCUCAGGUACAAGCCGAAGAUCUGAGUGCCACAUUCGAGCUAGAUGGUACCAGUCCUGGCUCUAAUACCCCCAAUGGACCGUCUUCAUUACUGAACACACCUAGACAAUCACUUGAUCUGCGCAACAAUCGUCCAGGAGGAGAAGGCUUUUAUGGACUUGGAGAAAAUUCAACUAUGGAAAGUGUUCUGAGGGAGGACUUUACGCAGUAUUCCAAAAUGGGACCAAAUGGCACGCCAAUCUCCCCUCAUGCCUCUUCGAGCGAUAUUGAGACUGUCCUUUGGACUUUUGCUCAAUUCGGAGGACACUUUCAAGUUGAUGAAAGUUUAGUCAAACCGGGGGAGUUUGAGCAGGUAAAGCAAAGGCUCGCCGGUUUGGGAGGAGCAGGAGGACUUUCGACGUCAUCAUUUGGAGCUAUCGGACAACUAGGGCCAGCAGCUAUUGGUGGAGGGGAAUUAGGUGCCGCUGUUGACGCUCUAGAGGGUGAGGAGCGGAAAGCAUCGGAAGGGUGGGGGUCGUAUCUUCGAAACGUUCUCUCAUCUGGUGGAGGAAGCAAAAAUGCUACGAUGGGAGCAGCACAUCGCAGAAGUGGCUCCACACUUCUGGAUACUCGACAGAAGACAAUGGCAAGUCGAUCAAUCCCAGUUCUGUCCAACCCUCCAAGCAUGGUUGCCGUCGACUUGGAAUUGGCUCCAGGACAGUCACGUAGCUAUACAUUCCGUGUUCCAUUACCGCCAGAUCUGCCACCUUCGUAUGUAGGCAAAGCAAUUUCAUUCAGCUAUACGCUCACUCUUGGUACGAAUCGCCUCGGCAGAAACAAGAGGGGGAUGAUGGAGCAAAAGAGCAGACUGGUGCGUAUCCCUAUGCGGGUAUACAAUCACGUCAACAUUAGUGGAAUGACAACAUUUUACGAUUUAACGAAUCCAAUCAUAAACAAAAGAGAUGAAGCGAUUGUGAAAUCAGAGGAGAUGGAUAUCGACGAUACAGCCCUAUUCGACAGUCUUUCCAAGAUUGAAGAUCAGAAGGCGAGCACAGGAGAAGCACGCAGAAAGAGACGCUCCUCGCGAGCUGAUGCGAUCGCAGACAAAGCUUUGCUUUCGUAUGCAGAUGAGCUUCUAAGCACUUGCAAAGAUGAAAAUGAACCAUCAGAUGACGAUGUUCCAACUGAUGUAGAAGUUGCAACUUUGAUGGCACAAAAGCAAAGGAUGCAUGAUCUCGCAGUUGAAUUGCUCAGCAGGAAUUCACAGAAAGUCUCUUACGAUAUCUCAAAAGAUGGUCGUGUUGCUGCGAUUCUAACCUUGGUCAAGUCGAAGUAUCGAUUAGGUGAUACCAUCACCGGUGUUGUAACCAUCAAUGCUGCUGACAGUAUAGCAAGAGUCGUUCGCAUUGCUGCUUUCUUGGAAAGUCACGAGGAAAUUGAGUCUACCUUGGCCACUUUACCAUCAGGUCGCUCGCAGAAGAUUACAAAGACUGUACACUCAAGCUUUCAUGAUUCUACGCUGGAUGCCGGUCAAGCAUGUUUCUCCUUGCCCAUCCCUUCAGGUGCUACGCCCAAUUUCGAUACCAGCGCAGUUCGAUUGGUAUGGACUGUAAGGUUGGCAUUCCUCACGUCUUCCAACGUACGAACAUCAAUUGCCGAUUCUGAUGGUAAUGUCACCAUCAGUGAACGAUCAAAACCUGCACCACAUCUUAUACCCGGACCAGACGAUGGCUAUGCAGCAUACCAUCGUGCAUUGCGAGCUGCCCCUUCAUUAGCGGGACCGUUUGUUGGUGCCGCUCCAUCUGACGAUCAGUCUGCUGAAGCCAAAUUGGAAGUGGUAGAAUGUGCUGUUCCACUAACGGUCCUUCCACAUUCUACUCGCUUCACCGUUGGUGAAGUAGGUUUCAUGGCAUGA